AAUCACUCCCCACUAGGUAAAAAAAUGGAAACACGUCGUUUUUAUAUUUCAAUGUGGUAUAAGCUUUCUUGCUGAAUGAGCAGCUGUGUCUUAUUACUCACCACUACAUAAGUGGUAGAUGCUCAUUUACAUUUCUUCAAAUGCAUAUGCCCCACUGAAUGGAGCCGUUUUUUUUGAAAGUCUGCGUUAUAAUGCCGUGCCUGCAGUUACAAAGCUCUAAAAAAGUUUAAAACAUAAGAACAACAGCCAUGGCCACGGAUCAUCAGGAAUUGAAGGAAGCUGCUGAUUUCGAAUCGAUUGCUAACCCAGAUGGUCAGAUCUCAAUUUGUGGUUUCGGAUCUCUCUUAUCAGAGAGAAGUGCACGGAGUACAUUUCCAGAUCUGCAAAACUUCAGGGUUGCAUUUCUACGUGGUUUCCGACGUGUCUUUGCUCACACUGCUCCAAUUUUCUUUGAACGAGGUAUUGCCCGGCUGGAAACUAAGGAGAUUUCCAGCUUGAGUGUUGAGCCAUGUGCUGAAGAAUGGAUAAUUGUGACAGUGUUUGAAAUACAUAAAUCAGAGGUACCAGCUUUCAUUGACAGGGAACAUGAAUUUCGGUUUUUAGUGGCACUACCAGAAGAUAUAUCUGGAAAACGUUUUUCUCAUCCUGCUGUAGUUUGUUGUCGGUAUAGUGAUGAAGAAUAUCUCCAAGUACGUUGCAAAGGAAGGAAGGAACUCUUUUUCCAGCGUUAUGGUCGUUACAAUAUAAACCAGAUUUGGCGAGAUGACAUCCUUCCUUGUCGUGUGUACCUUCGACAUUGUGUAUUGGCUGCAAAAAAUCUCGGGAAGAUGGCUCAUGAAAAUUUCUUGGACCAUACAUUCCUUGGUGAUCGAAAGACCAGCAUUCGCCAAUACUUGGCCUCCCAAGGAUUAGGAAUCAUGGAGGAAGAGCCUCCUGAAAUGCUCAAGGAGCGCUAUGGUGGAUAGGUUAUUUUAUAGUAUCAAAUUAUUAAAUCAUUUAUAGCUUAAUACUAACUGCAUUCCUUUGCAUAUAGAUAUAAUCAAUAUUUUCCGAGUUUGCCAUUGAUCCAAGAAAAUUCCAUUUAUUUUUAGCUAUUCUCAUUUUGAAAACCACAAUGCCUUAAUGAAAUAGCUAUUAAUUUCGGUUA